AUGGUGAGAUACGGUAAAUCCGAAAGCGUGACGUGUCGUCAUCUGAGGAAGACGUGUUUAGCUUUUAGACAUCCACCGACCCGACCCGACCCGUUUAUCAGGACAACGAUUUGGAUCUUACCCUGCUUUCGAUCAUUCGACAAUCGCUGCAGCUCAGGGGCUCGUGGGGCUCCUGUACACCAUCAGACCAUGAACACACAAGGGCAAACAGUUAUGUAUGCCAGGGGUGGUAGGCGAAGGAAGGUACUUGAUGUGGACCUCAAUGACACUCCACCAAAUGAAGACCAUGAGCAAGUGGAAGGAUCUUCACCACCUGUUCCAAUCGAUGUUGAGGAGCUGGAUGAUGAUGUUAUCAUUUCAUCACCAAGAGCUUUUGAACAAGCUAGAAACAGUUCUCGAAGAAUUGCAAGAAGAACUUCGGUGAUUGAUGUGGAAUCAGAGGAAGUUGGUAACCACCGCAACCAAAGAAGAAGAGUUCAACCAGAGCCACAAGUCCUGAGUGGCGGCCUGUAUGUGAUUUGGGAAGGAAGUAGCAGUUCCAUGGAGGAGAGAGCAUCACUACCAUCGCUGCCGCCGCCGCCUGAGCCGACUUUCAACUGUCCGGUUUGCAUGGGACCAUUAGUUGAGGAGGGAACUCAUCAGGAUCUACCUUCCUUCCACCUCUUAAGUCUUAACCUCAGGUCAUCGUGUGCUUUGUUGUGGGAUUGCAGAGAUGGACGGGGAAGUAUACUUGAAGGAGCAUAGGUUUUGUUUUGCACCCGGGGUUCCUUGUGGUGUUGAACAUCUCUCUUUUUAGUGUUUUCCUUUUGUUCUGUGCAGCUUAAGCAUAUUUAAUUAGAGCGUUUUCCUAACAGAUAAAUAUCAAAUGUUGUAUUUGGAUUUUAAACUCAAAUGGUUCCCCUUCAUAUCUAAUUUUACUAGAUGUGUAACAGGUUUCUAUGGCA